AUGGCUCACUUGAAAGAAUACCAAGUUAUUGGCCGUCGUUUGCCAACUGAAUCCGUUCCACAACCAAAGUUGUUCAGAAUGAGAAUCUUUGCUCCAAACGAAGUUGUUGCUAAGUCUCGUUACUGGUACUUUUUGCAAAAAUUGCACAAGGUCAAGAAGGCUUCUGGUGAAGUUGUCACUGUUAACCAAAUCCACGAAUCUCACCCAACUAAGGUCAAGAACUUCGGUAUCUGGGUUAGAUACGACUCUAGAUCUGGUACUCACAACAUGUACAAGGAAGUCAGAGAUGUCUCCAGAGUUGCUGCUGUCGAAACCUUGUACCAAGAUAUGGCUGCCAGACACAGAACCAGAUUCAGAUCCAUCCACAUCUUAAAGGUUGCUGAAAUCGAAAAGACUGCUGAUGUUAAGAGACCAUACGUCAAGCAAUUCUUGACCAAGGAUUUGAAAUUCCCAUUACCACACAGAGUCCAAAAGUCUACCAAGACUUUCUCUUACAAGAGACCUUCUACUUUCUACUAA